CAGGGGCUUGUUUUACUGCACAAAACAACAAGGAUGAAGAUUUCAAGGGACGAUGCGGCAACAGAGAUAAUCGAGGAGGCGUUUAGCUGAAAGGCCAGCAGCGUUAUCUCCAUUUCCCGGUGUGAUUUACGCUACGAAAGUAACGCCAGGCAACUUGAAUAUCGACUGAACUGCAGAUGAAUGCCUGUGCCUUAAAGUGUCCCUGCAUUUGUUGUUAUUAGCUGCUAAUGCUAACCAUAGAAGUUGCGAGCUAGCUGGGCUAGCAAGCUAAUUGCUAAAGCGAGGAAAAGAUCAUUAGCCUCCUAUGUUUGAUUUACUUAUCGCUGUCCGGGGCGAGUAAUCUCGGCGUCGUGUAGCCUACUGUAGCUGAUGGAGCCAGCUAACCUUGGCUUCAGUAGUUCAAGAACUGAAGCUUUGGUUAAGCUUUUAAAGUACCAGCCAUAGUAGUUAACGUCAUCUAGUUAGCUUGCCAGUUAGCCACCACUAUACUUGGAAGAAUGAAUAGAAAACACCAUCAUUAUAAAGGGGCAGAAGUCAGCUGCUGCGUGAAAUACUUCUUAUUUGGAUUCAACAUUUUAUUCUGGUUACUAGGAGCCACAUUCUUGGCUGUUGGCCUGUGGGCAUGGGCGGAGAAGGGCGUGCUGGCCAAUCUGUCAUCCAUCACAGACCUCGGGGGCUUCGACCCGGUGUGGCUCUUCAUUGUCGUAGGAGGGGUCAUGUUCGUCCUGGGCUUUGCCGGCUGCAUCGGAGCGCUCCGAGAGAACACCACCCUGCUUAAAUUCUUUUCUGUGUUCCUGGGUUUGAUCUUCUUCUUGGAGCUGACAGCGGGGAUCCUUGCCUUCGUCUUUAAAGACUGGAUCAAAGACCAGCUCAACUUUUUCAUCAACAACAAUGUAAAGGCCUACCGUGAUGACAUCGACUUGCAGAAUCUUAUUGACUUUGCCCAGGAAUAUUGGUCCUGCUGUGGAGCUCACGGGCCCGACGACUGGAACCUGAACAUCUACUUCAACUGCACAGAGCCGAACCCCAGCAGGGAGCGCUGUGGAGUCCCCUUCUCCUGCUGUGUCAAAGACCCUGCAGAGGAUGUCAUCAACACGCAGUGUGGUUACGAUGUUCGGCUUAAAUUGGAGCUGGACCGGCAGAAAUAUAUCUAUACCAAGGGCUGUGUGGGACAGUUUGAGAAGUGGCUUCAGGACAACCUGAUUAUUGUAGCUGGAAUCUUUGUUGGUGUUGCACUUUUACAGAUCUUUGGUAUCUGCCUUGCUCAAAACCUGGUGAGCGAUGUGAAAGCUGUCAAAGCCAACUGGUGACAUGAGAGGUGAAGUGAGGGAGGUCCGCCCCUCACCCCCCAGCCAGGUCAACACCGCACACAAUGAGGACGCCGAGAACCUUCAACUCUGUCUACUUUGCCUUUGAGCUAAGCAGCACCCACGCACUCUCACACUAAACGUGCAGACACAAAGAGUUUACUCCCUCUUUAUCAGAGACACUUGAAUGGGGUGAGGAACAUCCCACACAAACCAAACAGUCAACACUUUGUUUACCACUCUGCUGGGAUUUUAACCCAAAUAUACAGAAGACUGUCCUGCCUACUUCAUAGUUAGAUUCUUACUUUUUUUAAUGUUUUUUCUCAUUUUGUUCUUUGGACAAGUGUAUUUAUGGGGCGCAGUUGCACACGGACCCCUUUUCAACUGGGAGUUUGGAAGCCAUGGAUAAAGCAAACAAAAACAUAGGAAAAGGGACAAUAGGUCUCCAUUUUAUGGUCAAGCGACAUUGUCACCGAGCCUCAGUGAGGGGCUGAACACCUCAUUCUACAAACAGCCUGUUUUAAACGUGCUUGUCACCACUUCCUGCUCUGGGGAAUCAUGGGCGACUGGCCGACCGUCAAAACAAACGCACGGAUUCCCCUGUGUGUCGUUUUUUCUCUCCAUCGUGACCUUUUAUGACCACUGAAAAAACUCUGAACACUGGCCGGUCAAGUCUGCAACUUCAAAUGUUUUCAGGAGACUUAAAUUCUAACUCAAAAUGUAAAGAAAAGUGCCAUUAAUUUCCAGUGAUAUAUUUGUCUCUUUCCUAUUCUCUUAAAUGGAAUUUCUGCACCACCCCCACAAUACCUCAGGUCUGAAAACAUGUGCUUUCUGCCACUGGUAAGAAAGCAUAUUUAUCUGUUUCCAUCCAUGUCUGUUGAAUUGAGAAGACUAACUUAAUGCAGAACACUGACAGUUCCUCGAAAGUCACCCUGUUUGCCCUGCAGUGAUUGUAUUAUCUGUAGAUUUACUGAAGGAUGUUGUAUUGUAUUACAUGAAAUGGCCUGGUGUGGUUAUGAUGGUGGAACUAUGCUAUACAGGGAAAGGGUUUACAGAUAGUGGAGAUUGUUGUUAUCUCUGAGCAUCCCUCAGGCACAUGGGAUUGCUGGUUUGGGGCCUUUUUUACUUGGCUUACGUCACCGCAUAUGUCUUAUAUUUUGUCCUCUGCAUUAUGAAAUAAGAAUAUUUGUCUGUUUUAAAGAUGUCCUUUUAUUAAUCCUUUAUAUUCUAUCUUUUCAUAGACUAAUUUUUUUUCUGGGUUCAUUAUUUGACUUCACCAGGCACCUGCUUUACCUCUGAACCAUCAGUCAACUGCAAAAAAGCUUUUGGAGACCAAAAUUAAAUCAUACGGCCACAAGCUAAAUGCAUAUGAUUUUGUCUGGCUACAUAUUGUGAUUAUAUUAGGAAUGCCAUAAUAACAAGUAGCAUUUAUAGAUAGCCCAAAUGUGAAUUUAUUGUCCCUUUUUCUGUGGGAAGUGCCAGUUGAAAUGAAAAGUCAAACAAAUAUUAAAAAAGUUACAGAACCGAUGUUAUCUUUAA